CAGGCCACCUCCCCACUUUCUCUCUUCUCCUUUCCUAUUAGUACCAGUUUACCAUUUCUUUCUUCUUCUCCUUCUUCUCCACGUAAAACCCAGAAACCAAUUCUCCUUCCAAUUCCAAGAAGGAUCACAUUUUUCUUUUUCUUGUUUUUGGAAUAGUAAUACAUAUCCAGAAUCCGUAUAUUUCCAAUUUAGUGUUGCGUAGGAAAGUUGUUUCCUUUUUUGUACCCAUAGAAACUUGAUCUUUAUAUAGUGUUGAGAGUUCUGAAGGUGAGCUGCUUAUUCUACAGAGUUCCCCAAGAUCAGUUUUUUUUUUGGUUCUUUUCUUCAGCUGAAAACUUGUUUUAAGAUUUCUUACCUUUCUUAUUAAAGAUCUCGGAGAAAAAACUGUGCUUUUGAGAUUCUGUUUCUUGCAAAAUAGUGGUAAAGAUUAUAGGUUCUUUGUCUUUCUUUUUUGGUUGUCAUUUUGUGAAUAUUCUCCAACUCUGCAGAAGUUCUUUUUUCUGGAAUUCUUGCAAGCAUUGAUAGCUUUGUGUAAGAAUUCAAUUCCAAACAGAGCUUUGAUUUGAUUACUUGUAUAGUUUUUUUGUUCCAAAAUGGUUAAAGUUCAGAAUUUUUUGCUUCCUUCUUGGUUUUAGAAUUAAGAACUUUUAUUAGGCCAAUUGGUAGUUUUCUUCCUCAAGGCGGUUUUUUCCUGAUUUUUAGACCAAGUUAGUUGCUUCUGCCUCACGGCUUUGACAAAUUCUUGCACAACAAAUAUGUCGGUUAUGGAGAGUAAUCUGCAGCAAAGUCGGUUUCUUGCUGCCCCUCUUAAGACUAACGAUGAAUAUCCCGAUGGGUUCAUGGCCUUAGCUCCAGAAAACAGCAGAGUUGAUCAAGAAGAAGAUAUGAUCAGCUCAGAGCCUAAUAAUGCUGAUGAUCAAGACAUGGUUUCUGAUUGUGAAAGUAGCACCACCAACGAAGAGGGAUUGGGAAUAUUUGGUGAUUGUUCUAUCAAGGUUGACGAAGAUGAUAAGCAGCAUGAAUUUAUCAAGCAAAGAUUUGUUUCGAGUUUGACUGAACAGGGGCUUACGCAUACUCAAAUUGAAGCCAUUCAUAAGAAUGCUUGUUCUAGCUGGACAGCUCGAGCAAGGUUUAUGUCUUUUUCCAUCUUUUCUCGAGCUUUACAGAAGAAGACUGAAGGCCAUCCUAAUGUGAAGUAUGCUUGGUAUGGCGCAUCUAAAGAUGAGAUCAGAAACAUAUUUCUACAUGGUUUCGGUAACACUUUAAAUGAUGGAAUUUAUGGCCGUGGAAUUUAUCUUGACCCUUCUGAUUCUCUUCGAGAGAGUAUUCAAUCCUCAGUUGUUGAUGAAGAUGGGCUCAGGCACCUAGUGCUUUGCCGUGUUGUAUUGGGGAGAAUGGAGAUUGUUCAUCCUAAUCAAUCUCAUCCCAGUUCUGAGGAGUUCGAUUCAGGGGUUGACAAUUUAUUGUCUCCUAGAAAAUAUAUUGUUUGGAGCACUCACAUGAACAAUCAAAUAUUCCCAGAAUAUGUUGUCAGUUUCAGACUCCCAUCCAACUUGAAAGUUGCAGGAUGUCAAAGGAUUUCAACUCCCCUCAAGAUGCCUAGCUCACCUUGGAUGCCUUUUCCAACAUUGAUAACUGCACUUGCAAAGUUCUUGCCGCCUAAUAGCAUCAAAGCGAUCCAAAAACAUCACAGUGAUCAUAGAGAAAAGAAAAUCACAAGACAAGAAUUGAUACAGCGAGUUAGACGAAUUGCAGGAGACGAUUUGUUGGUGGCUGUCAUAAAAUCCUUUAGAGACAAGAUGGAGACAUCAAUGGUAUUUCCGCCAAGCAAUAAGCCAAUCAAGUGCCACAAGCAGCGUGGAAGAGCUUGUGGUUGCUCCAAAAAUUGAAGGCUUCAAACUCUUUUAGAAGGCAAAAUGGAUGCUUCGGAGUUCAGAUAUAGAUACAACUAACCUCAUAGGCCUGAUGACUUAGAAACAACAUAUGUGCAGAAAAUAGCAGAGUAGUUUCUUAACCAUAUAAGCACUCUUUCUUUCAUUUUGCCUUUUUCUGGUUUUCUGUUGCAGUCCAUCAUUACAAGGUUGUUGCCAUAGCAAUUUGGCUGAUCAGCAAUGAAGUUGGUUAUCUU